AGUUAUGGAGCUGCAAGUUCAGUCUUUUCAGGAAAACAGAAUUUCCCCUCUCUCCUGCGUACAGUGCAUCCCAAUAAAGACGUAAUUAAAGUGAUUGUUAAGCUUGUGCAACACUUCAGCUGGCGCUGGGUUUCUUUCCUUUACGUUGAUGAUGACUAUGGCAAAGAUGGCCAGGACUUGUUCAUCAAGAGGAUUAAGGACACUGAGAUCUGCCUUGCAUACACCAAAAGCCUGAAUCAAUCUACAAAUCACUCUCAAAUAUUCAAACAAAUAGAAGCACAGAGGAUAGGUGUCAUAAUUGUUUUUGCUCCUGAAUGGACUGCUGAACCUCUCAUUGAGGCAGCAAUAAAACUAAAUGUCACAAAAAAAGUGUGGAUUGCCGGGGAUGCAUGGUCCUUAAACAAAGAGAUCCCCAAGAAAAAAGGCAUCAGAAACAUUGGAACUGUACUCGGGGUGUCUCAACCAAGAAUGACAAUACCUGGUUUCACUGAUUUCAUUCAUUCUUCCAGAAGCCAGACUCAUU